AUGGCCUAUAACGACGGUGAUAUGAAAAAGCUGCUGGAUGCGAUAGUUAGCGAAGGCACUGGAGUUGAAGCUGAGAAGUUACAACAAGAGGAAGAGUCGGACAGUGGAGAGAGCACAGACAGUGAAGAGAAAGAAGACGAAGAAGAAUUCAAAAAUCUCAUCACUUCAGUGCCAACAAAUGACCAGCCAAGCACAUCUGAUCCAGCUGCCUUCGACUUAAACGCGUUUCUCACCACUGCUCAGAACCUUUUUCCACACUCCCCGACUGCUGAGGAGACUGAACAGCCAACCACGUCGAAUGAAUACCUUCAACACCUUCUUGUGCCAAAAGAAGAUAACGAAGCGCCAGAAUUAGAUGCCGAACCUGCUAAACCGAAAACUCAUCGUCAAAUCAAAGAUGCAGAGAGAAAAAGAGAUAGAAGAUCUCGAGAGUCUGCAGAAGAAACAGCUCGACGUCUUCAGCAGGCUCAGGAGUACAAGAAAAGAAGAAUCAGCGUUGAGUCGAAAGACGAGCAGAAGCUGCGAUUGUCGAUAGACGCUGCUCGAAAGCGUGCGGAACGUAACAAUGAGUCUGAGGAACAAACAGCAAUCCGGAAAGCAAAAGCUGCUGAACAACGACGAAAAUAUAUUCAAAACGAGUCAUUCGAGAAAGCAGAGGCAAGAAAAGCCAAGGAUGCUGAGAGAAGACGUCAGGCUUUAAAGAAAGAAACACCAGAACAAGCUCAGCUUCGACGGGAGAAGAAUGCGCAGCGACGACGUGAGAGUCUGAAGAACGAGUCUUUCGAAGCAGCUGCUGCAAGACGAGCUGCGGAUGCUGCACGACGUCGUAAGCAGAUUCAAUGUGAAACGGAGGAGCAGAGGGCAAUUCGAAAAUCAACGGAUGCCGCGAGAAAACGGGAUCUUCGUCUGACGAAAGCUAAAUAA